AUGCAUCAGGUUGACGUCCCGACAAAUCGUGAGUCCCAAGAGCAUGCCGUGACCUUUGUGGCCAGCCAGUCUAGUCCCGCUUCACAUGCAAGUGCCCAACAGCAGAGCCCCAAAGCGCAGCCAUUGCAUCUCACACCAUCACCAGCGUCAAAGUCAAAGUCAAUGCCAAUUUACUGUCCGAGUGCACCACGGUCUAAUCAUGGCGCAGGUACUUUUGUUUUGCCAAUCCGGCAGGAGCCGACUUUUUUCCAAAUGAGUUCAUCCCCACUAACUCGUCAUGUCGUUCACGCGAGUAGCAGUACCGAUGAAAAUCGCAAGUCGGAUGUUCACGAGGUCCAAAACUUGUACAUGUAUGGUUCAGUAACGCGGAAAAGCUCAAAAGUGAGUGAAUCUUUUGAAAUUGAAGAGAUUUCCAAUUCAUCAACUAGUCAUGUUCACCGUUCCCACCCGCUGCUGCCUCCCGUCGUGGCUCUCGUCACCAAGACGGCAAGUGCGUCAGAUAGCAGAAGAGGUUCAACACCCAGUAGAAGACCACUGCUACGAAUAUCGGGAGAUAAACCUUGUCUGGACAGUGAAAUUGAAAUCAUUGACCUUUGCGAUGACGAAGAGCCCGAGAGGGAAGGACAAGCAAUGGAGACGAGGCUGACUCAGGUUCAGUGUCAGGCUCAAGUUCAGGUUGAGGAUGAGGUUGAGCAUGCGGUUGUCAUUAUUGACAGUGACGAGAACGACUACGACGAAUCGGAACGCAAAUCAAGAUUUGCCGUAUCCAGCAAGAAUGAACCCCAAAAUGGCCCAAAGUCUUUAUUACCUAGAGAGCUUCCAAUAUCCUCCCCCAUUGUUGUUAGCAGACAUUUGGAAGUUGCACAGUCCGUGCAGUCGGACGUAAUUGUGGACUCUUCCUUUACAUUCCUGGAUUUGGUGGGUGAUGAAAACGGUAAGACCAACGUAAACAAAGAUGGAAACUUGAAUCAAAACGGCUCACUUGCUAUUGCAGAUGUUGUUACUGUUGGGAACGAUGGUCACAAGGCUAUCGAAAGUCAAACUAGCCGUUUCAAACCCAUUUACAAAAAGACCGACCUUCCCCCAAUGCCGCAAUUUGUUAAAUGGAUGAGUUCAGACGAGGAAAAAGUUGAAGAUGAAGAAGAAAAGAAUUAUGAUCCACUUUGUCAAUAUCGACCAAAGGCAAGGAAGAAUGCGCCUUUGCAACCGUGUGACUUGGAAAAGGAACGAGUACAAAUCUCGAGAAUUGCUAGAUUGUUUGCCAACAACUCAGUGGUGAACACCAGCUCACGAAAACAACAAGAAUGGUUGUCUUCUUCCACCAAGAAUACCAGCGAUGCAUCAGUCACUGUUCACGUUUCCGAGCCUGCUUCUGCUUCUGCUUCUGCUUCUGCACCUGCUUCUGCUUCUACAUCUAUUAAUGACAAAGAUGAUGCCACGGGUUCGUUUGAGACACAGGCUAAACUUGCAAAGAGAACCAGAUCAGAUCCGGAAGGGAAAUUGAAUAAAGCACGCAAGGCAAAAAAGACCAAGCCCGAGACGUUGUUUGCCCAGUUGCCACAAAUUGGCAACUUUAGAUACUCAGCAAAGCAGCUUCAGGAAGCCAAUAAAGUCAACAGGACAAAAGACGAAUUGCAUGCAGAGAUGAACUUGUAUGUUGCCUCGAAACCUCUAGCAUUGCUUCGUGAAUACCAACAGGAAAUCAAGCUGUCGAUGCACGAGGUACCUAGCGAUGUGCCCAUUAUCUAUUGGAAAAGAAACAUCAAGGCCGAGUAUAUUCCCGAGAAGGACUAUUUCAUUCCCUGUACACCCAAGAUGGUUAUCCAGAGGACAUUUGUAGUGUACUACUUGGCUCAUGAUCUCAUCGCUGGACUCCAACAGGGUUCUUUGAAAAAUGACAUUACCUCGGCAAUAGAGCACAUGCGUCUGUUUGCCCCGAUUCAGUACCACGUGAUUUUGAUGGUUGAAGGGUACGAUCAGCUCGUGGGCAAGAUCAAAGCACACCGGCAACGGCAAUUCAAGUCGCAAGUGUUGCAAGGCAUGAACGGAACUGAGCAAACAACAAGGAAACGCAAAGAAACCGAUGAGCAAAUAGCCAAGUAUCCCGAUCCGCGUCAAAUUGAGAAAUUGAUCAACCAUGCGCAAUUGGAUCUCAAAGUCAACAUUUUCACGGUGCGGUCGCGGGAGGAGUCGGUCAAUUGGCUAAACUCUUUUACAUACACGAUUGGCUCAUCCUUGUAUGAUAAAUAUGAGCGAAACCAAAACUUGGCCAAUUUGGGCACGGUUCGUUCGGGAAACGACACCAAGGCUACUUUUUUGAAAUCGAUCCUGCAUUUCACGAGAAUGACUGAGGCCAAGGCUGAAAUCCUCCACGAGUCGCACAAGUCCAUGUACCUGUUGUAUACAAAAUUGAGAGCAAGUGGAACGUUGGGCAAGGACAGAUUGGGCAGGAAUGUUGUGCCGCCUACAGUCGAUAGUGCAAUGUUGAAUUUUUUCACAACCGAUGACCCAAACAAGGUCAUCACUUGA